GAAAUGAUGCAACUGGCGUUGCGAAACAAAAAAAUUUAUAAAUCGCGGCGUUCUAAAUGAAGAUAGAUAGCGUUGCGUACAUGAAUUAACGAUCAAUCUAAGCUUGCGUUGCGGUCGCGUAGAAAGAAUCGGGGCACGUUUUCGAAAGUACCAGAAAAUUGUCGAACAUAAUCGCGGGCGAAUAGACACGCGUGAUCCAGAGGUAGUUUCGUGAGAAAAACGAAGAGGCGCUGGUUGUCCAUUUCUGGAGCUUUCUGAAAAUCUGCGCCGGCUCAAGGGUGAGCAUUCACGAGUCAUCGCGUAUCUUUUACGAGUACAAAAGGACGAAAUCUCAACUGUUCUGAGUGCAAGCGUUAUGGACCAGGUAAAUGAACUAAAACAGAAAGGCAACACUGCCCUGCAGGAAGGAAGAUGCGAGGAGGCUAUUAAACAUUACACAGAAGCCAUUGCUUUAGAUAAAUGCAAUCAUGUUUUGUAUAGUAAUAGAUCCGCAGCGUAUGCCAAGGCAGAAAAAUAUCAGCAGGCAUUAGAGGAUGCGGAGAAAACAGUGAUCUUAAAACCUGAUUGGGGAAAAGGAUACUCGCGUAUGGGCAGUGCACUAGCUUAUCUAGGUAGAAUACAAGAAUCUAUCAAAGCUUAUGAGACUGGCCUAAAAUAUGAACCCAACAAUGCCCAACUUAAAAGUGGCUUAGCAGAAGUCAAAGCUCAACUCUCAAUGACUGCCAAUCCUUUCAAUAGACCCGAUCUCUUUGUGAAACUAGCGAACGAUCCUAGGACCAAAAGUUAUCUACAGGAUCCAGAAUACUUGAAACUCUUAGACACUCUCAGAAAUAAUCCGGAUGCCAUGGGUCAAAUGUUAACGGAUAAACGAGUGAUAACGACUCUCGCUGUACUGAUGGACUUCAACGCAGACAUAGAAAUGGCGAGCGCAGAACCGGAGCCUCCUAAACCUAAACCAGAACCACCAAAACCUCCGAAGAAGGAAGAGGAGGAUCUGAGUACACCUCAGAAACAAGCGCAGUGCGAGAAACAAUUAGGAAACGAAGCUUACAAACAGAAAAAAUUCGAAUUAGCAUUGGAACAUUAUAAUAAGGCUGUAGAAUUAGAUCCUACAGAAAUUAUUUACUUGUUAAAUAUAGCAGCUGUGUAUUUUGAACAAAAAGAGUAUGAUAAGUGUAUUGCCCAAUGCGAGAAAGCUAUCGAGGUUGGGAGAGAAAAUAGAGCAGACUUCAAGUUAAUAGCCAAGGCAUUUACUAGAAUUGGACAUGCGUAUAAAAAGAUGGAGAACUGGAAGCAGGCGAAAGUGUACUACGAGAAGUCUAUGUCGGAACAUAGAACGCCAGAAAUUAAAACUCUUCUGUCGGACAUUGAUAAGAUUAUCAAGGAGGAAGAAAGGAAAGCAUACGUCGAUCCUGUGAAAGCGGAAGAGGAGAAGGAGCUUGGGAAUCAGAAGUACAAGGAGGGAGAUUAUCCGGCAGCGAUAAAACAUUAUUCCGAGGCUGUAAAAAGAAAUCCCGACGAUCCAAAGUACUACAGCAACAGAGCUGCGUGCUACACGAAAUUAGCGGCGUUCGAUCUCGGAUUAAAGGAUUGCGAGAAGUGCGUCGAGAUCGAUCCGAAGUUCAUCAAGGGCUGGAUAAGGAAAGGCAAGAUUCUGCAGGGCAUGCAGCAGCAAGCGAAAGCGUUGACAGCUUAUCAAAAGGCAUUAGAAUUAGAUCCCUCGAACAGCGAAGCGUUAGAAGGGUAUCGUCAAUGUGCAGUCUCCGUUAGUUCGAAUCCCGAGGAAGUAAGAAAGAGGGCAAUGGCAGAUCCAGAAGUUCAAAGUAUAUUGCGGGACCCUGCUAUGAGACUUAUCUUAGAACAAAUGCAAAGCGAUCCUAGAGCUUUACAAGACCAUCUAAAGAACAAGGAUGUAGCGGCCAAGUUGCAGAAGCUGUUGGAGUCUGGUCUCAUCGCCAUUCAUUGAAGGAGAAAUAAUUCAUAUUUGUGCAUAGCUCUGUGCAUGACAUUUUAUUGUCGCCAAGUUCCUUUGGUAUCAAGGAAACGAUGCUGUUCGUUCUAUUUUUGUGUAUUUAGAGAUAUGUUAUUUAACCGAGCAGGCCGCUUAAUGGCAUAUUCGUUGUAUAUCUACGUUCCGAAGAGCUGUUUUCAGGCAUAUAAGUUUCGUUGUACACAAGAAUAGUUUCGCGGGAAUGCAGUGGCCUUUCGGUCAUAGACCACAUUUGCAUUGUAAAUCAUGUUACAGUAGCUGUGUAUGUUUUAAUACGUCUAUGAGGACGUUCUUAAUUAAGCUUUUUGCAUAAACUUUUAAAUAAAGUAAUAUUUCCAAUUGUAAAUCAUCAGUAUCAUCAACAUCCAACGCGAUGAUGUUUCGAAUUUGUUAAUGCGAUCUAGAUUAAACGGAUGAAAUUAAAUUUGAUCGUUCCGGUGCGUCUAUCUAAA